UGGAUCUUUUCCACCGAAGCUGCUCGAUAAUGUAUCGUAUCGUGUCCCUGCUUGUUUAAGUGUUUAUACGCGUGAAACAGCACCGCGGGUUACAAAAUGACAGAAGGGAGCGUAACCAGAAUGAAGCGCAAUGGCGCUCGUCUUUUUAAAAAUCCUCCACAACCUCAUAUGUGUAUACAAGAUUUUAUACAGGGCACUCCUGUCCCAUGUUAUGUAAAUGUUUUAUCUUGGGAGAAGAUUGCGAUGCCAUUAAAACUUUCACAACCUAUACCUUUCUAUGGAGGAAUGAGAGUGCGACCACCUCGUACAAAAGUAGAAGCUGUAGUAUUCGCUGUAAUGGCUAAUCCUGAAGUUCUUCGUAUUAGUGGCAAAAACGCUCAAGAUCCAAAGAAGCGUUCCAGCUUAAUAGAGCUUUUACUAGACUUUGUGGAAAGGAUGAACGCAGGCGUAGUUUUUAUGCGGCAGUACACAAUACUGAAAGAUCGGGAUAUUACCGGUGAAUUGAAAGAAGUGUGGAAUGCAGUACAAGCGAGGCGAGAUUUGGAACAACCUCUACCACGGCAGCAAGAAACUUGGAUCGACGCACAGCCACCUGUUCCUCAGUAUCCUCAAUAUCAAGAUCAUCAGCAACAAGAUUAUACAUCACAACCUCCACAAUAUCAUUCGAGCGUAGCAUAUGGUAGGGCAAUAAGUAACGAAGGUAUGCAUUACGAAAGCUAUGGUCAUCAACCUCAGAGUCCAGUAAUUACACAAAACGAUCAGAUGUACCAAUCCGGGCAAUUAGUACCACAUCAAUAUCAUGGAAACGUUCCUCGGGUUACACCGAUCGGUUCUAGAGAUCGUAGAGACAAUAUAGUACAGAAUAUUCCGCAACAAAACUGCCCUGCAUAUCCAGCCUCACAGUACCAAUUUCAACAAUUACCAAGACAAAUGGUACCUCAGUAUGUAAAUUCGAAUGUUCAUCCUAACGCUAACCUUAAUUAUGGGCCAGCCACAAACACGAAUGUUAACCCAAAUAUAAAUACAAAUUUAGCAGCACCUUUGCAACAGUACAUAACUUACCAACAGCGCAUGGAUAACGCGAUGCACAUUGAUAUGCGCAGAAUGCAACCGCAACAGCAGCAGAUACAUUUGAAUCAUGUGCAGCCGGUUCCGCCAUACGAACUAGCAACACCAUACAAUGUUCAAACAAAUUCAUCGAUUAAUGUUCUUAGAUUAGGUAGACCACAUAUGGGUGUUGCACAGAAGAACAACGCUAGUAAGAGACAAAUGAAUUCUCCAACUCAUUCCAAACAAUCUUCUUGUACAAAUUGUCAGAACAAAAACACAUCCGAUAAUAGCACAAAGACGAAGAGUCCUGUAAAAGUUUUACAACGUGAGUUACCAUCGAAUGAUCGACAAGAUAUAAAUAAUCAUAUACUCACUGAUAAUAAGAUAGUCGUUGACAAAGGUUCGGUCGAAGAAACAAAGAAUAUACAAGUAACGGAUUUAGAUGAAGAAGUUAAGAAGAAUAAUGAUUCUGAUGGUGAAACAAUCGAACUAUCUAGGAAAUCGAAUGAUACUCAUACUUCAGAUUCAACGUCAACAAAUACAGGACGAGAUACAACAAAUUCUAUCGAAGAUACGCCUAUUUUUGAGGAGAAACAGCAUGAAGUAAAAAAUACAGACGUUCCAAACGGUCAAAAUAUACCUGAUCAAAGACAUCCAAAGUCAAAAGCUAUUGUAAUGAGAGGAAACAAACAUAAAGAAAAUACAGAGAAUAACAGAACGAUUCGUAUUAGAUUCGUUAACGAUCAAAAGAAUGAUAGUCCAAAACGUUCUCAGACAACAGUCAAUAGCAUUAUCAAAAGCGUUUUCAAAAUUCAUCCAGGUAUGUCUGGCGAAGAAACGUCAAAUAAACGACGAAUUUAUGGUCAGACUAAGAAUAAUCCUAAGAUUAACGGUGAAACCGAAGAAAUACAGCAAGGAUACACGAUAUUAAAGAAAACAGAUUCAACCACUCAGGAAGAAAUAGCGAGCGAGCUAGCUCAACUAUCCAUUCAAGACUGCAAAGAUGCGACCGAAGUUAGUCCUGUGCUCUCGUGAUAGCCUAGUUUGUAACUAGUACCAAGUACUAGCUUGCAACUAAAGAGCAAUGGAUUCAGUGUAAAUAGAUAGAACAUUAAUCAAUAAAAAAUUAAAAAAAAAAAGUCAAAAUGAAAACAAGUACUAAAGAGGGGGACACGAAACCACAAUACAUACAAACACAAUCGUACCAAAAUAUCAGGACGUGCUUUUUGCU